CUUUGGUCCCUCUUGGUAAUAGCAUGGGGCGGAAUGCAUUUCUUAUUGCUAUGCAAUGCAUCACCAGCCAUGUGUAAGCCGACGUGUAAUGAUGUUGAAUAUUCCCGAACAAUCUGGAUUGAACUUGAUUCCCAGAUCUUGAAUGCACACCUCUGCUUGACGGGUUUUGGGAUGGCGAUUCCGCGACCUACCUAUACUACUUACUUCAAUUUAGGAUCGGAAGGAAUGAGAUCGGUGUUCUAAGGCUUGGAGGCAUCAACUGUGGAUGGUUCAGACUAAUAGGAUCUCAAACCCUCCCAGAGCGGGUCCCGCGGAUAUCAAAGCUGAACUUGCUAGCAUCCCGGAGGAUAGAACACCGUUCAUUUCCUAUUACCAAGAUGGCAGACGUCACUGACAGGUAUUCGCCUCCCACCGCCAUGUGGAAACUCGAUUUCGCCAUUUUGAUGAUACGGUAUCGAAUAUCUUUCGGGAUUCAUGUGGGGUUAAAUCGACAUAAGCGUCCGCCGUGGAGUACGGGUCUAUUCGUGGCCCUCGCAUGUAUUGUGGUUGCUUGUGCUGGUAUCGUGAGUUUUGUGGAAGGACAAAGGGACAAAGGCUAUUGAGGGUGUCCAAUCCAGUAAGAGCUUUGGAUUACCACGUUGUAUCGUUACUGAACACACUAUUGAUCACUGAAUUAGGUACAGUAGUUUCAAUAAUACAUAGGUC